AACAACAGUAACCUUAAAUAAUUCCAUCAUAAACAGAACAACGUGACACGUUAUACUCUCUGAUAUCUUUAAGAUUUAAAGGGAGUAGUUGUGUAUUUAAUAUGGAUUUUUGGAAUAAUACCCUUGGAGGUCCUACCAAAAUAGUUGCUCCUAUGGUUGACGCAAGUGAGUUGCCAUGGCGGUUAUUGAGUCGAAAAUAUGGUGCUGAAUUAUGUUACACACCAAUGUUACAUAGUGCUAUGUUUGUAAAAGAUGCCAAAUAUCGUAAAGAAGCGCUUGCCACCUGUGAAGAAGAUAAACCUCUGAUAAUACAAUUUUGUGGUAAUGAUCCAAAAAUAAUGUUGGAAGCUGCAUUACUUGCUGAAGAUCAUUGCUGUGCCAUAGAUAUUAAUUUAGGAUGUCCUCAAGCAAUAGCAAAAAGGGGUCAUUAUGGUGCAUAUCUACAAGAUGAGUGGGAUUUAGUUUCAAAUAUUGUUUCAACUUUAAGUAAGUCAUGUAAAGUACCCAUUACUUGUAAAAUACGUCGGUUUGAGUCUGUAGAGAAAACAAUUGAAUAUGCUACACUAUUAGAAAAGUCUGGAUGUAAAGUUUUGACUUUGCAUGGCAGAACUAGAGAACAAAAAGGACCAUUGACUGGUUUAGCAGAUUGGUUGUAUGUAAAAGAAGUGAAGAAGGCUGUGAAAAUACCUGUAAUUUCUAAUGGUAAUAUUCAAACAAUGCAGGACAUUACAAACUGUAUGGAAACUACAAAUUGUCAAGGUGUAAUGACUGCUGAGGGAAAUCUAUACAAUCCCUACUUGUUUGAAUCUACAUGGCCUCCAUGUUGGGAACCAGCAUUAGAAUACCUAGAUCUAGUUGUUAAAUAUCCAUGCCCUUUAUCAUACAUCAGAGGACACCUGUUUAAAUUAUUUCAUCAUUUACUGAAUUUACCUGAGAAUGCUAAAACUAGAAUUAGUUUAGGUGCCGCCAAAUCAGUGGAGCAGUUUUUCAAUAUUUCAAAAGAAUUAAGAGACAAAUAUAUUGAUUAUCAUAAUGGAGUCAAGUUGUGGGAUGAAACAAAUGAACCUGGUACUUUUAAUUUAAUAUUACCGCCGUGGCUUUGUCAGAGUUAUAUUCGAAUGCCUCCGGAUGAGCAUGUUAAACUAGUGGAAGAGAAAGUAAAAGAGGCGCAAUGUGCGGAGAAAAAACGAAAAUAUUUAGAUUGUGAGGGUAAUAUGAUAUCAAGGAAAAUGAUGAAAAAACUUCGGAGGAUUCAACGUCGACCUGAAAAGGAAGCGCCGUCGGUGUGUAAAAAAGGAUUAGAAAAAUGUGGUAGCUGUUUUAAUCCACAAGGGGGGAAAUGCAAUUACAAACUUUGCAAAAAAUGUUGUAAAGAUAAAUGCUUUUUAGAAAAUUUGGACUGCCCUGGACAUAGGAUUUUGGUAAAAACAAGACGCGAAAUGGCACAAUUUUAUCAAGUUGAACGUGCUAAUACAAAUAAGAGUGUGAUUAAAUGAUGAUUUGUUAUUUUUAUAGUGAAUAUAAAGUUUGUUGCUAAUAUUAAUUGUUGUUUAUAAUAUUAAUAUUACAAUAUAAACUGAUUUACAAUA